AUGGCUUCUUCCUCCCGCGCCAUGAGUGCGCUGCGUCCCGUCCAGUUCGCUCCCCGAGCCUCGUCGAUUUCGGCUUCGUCGGUUGCGACCACAAGGGCUUUCGCGACGUCAUCACAGAGGACUCUCAAGUUCGUCCCGACCUCGAGGCCUCACGCGCCCUCCAUCGCCAGGCAAACGACCCUCGCGCGCCAGUUCCAGCGUGCUUACGCCGAUGCCGCUCCCCUGCCGCCUCCCCAGAAGCCCGGCAAGGUUCGCACCACCUUCAAGUGGCUCUGGCGAUUGACCUACCUGUCGGCCAUCGGCCUGACCGUCGGAGUUGGCUACACAAUCUACGUCGACAGGAACCCCCAGCCUCAAUUUGAAGCGGACCCGACCAAGAAGACCCUCGUCGUCCUCGGCACCGGCUGGGGUUCUGUCUCCCUCCUGAAGAAGCUCGAUACCGAAAACUACAAUGUCAUCGUCAUCUCGCCCCGAAACUACUUCCUCUUUACGCCCCUGCUGCCUUCGUGCACUACGGGUCUGAUUGAGCACCGUUCCAUCAUGGAGCCUGUUCGCGCCAUUCUCCAGCACAAGAAAGCCGCCGUCAAGUUCUACGAAGCCGAGGCUUCCUCCAUCGACCCGGAACGCAAGGUUGUCAUGAUUACCGAUAACUCCGAGGUCAAGGGUGCCACUUCCCAGACUGAGAUCCCUUACGAUAUGCUUGUCAUUGGCGUCGGCGCCGAGAACGCCACCUUCGGCAUUCCUGGUGUCCGCGAGAACUCGUGCUUCCUCAAGGAGAUCAACGACGCUCAGUCGAUUCGCAAGAAGAUCAUGGACUGUGUCGAGACCGCCGCUUUCAAGGGUCAGACCAACGAGGAAAUCAACCGCCUGCUGCACAUGGUUGUCGUUGGCGGCGGCCCCACCGGUGUUGAGUUUGCCGGCGAGCUUCAGGACUUCUUCGAGGAUGACAUCAAGCGUCUCGUGCCCGAUAUUGCUGAUCGUUUCAAAGUCACCCUGAUCGAGGCCCUCCCUAAUGUGCUUCCGUCCUUCUCCAAGCAGCUGAUCGAGUACACUGAGAACACAUUCAAGGAGGAGAAGAUUGAUAUCCUGACCAAGACCAUGGUGAAGAACGUUACCGACACCACCGUCGAAGCUGUCGGCACCAACCCCGACGGCUCCAAGAAGACCAUCGUCAUCCCCUACGGUCUCCUUGUCUGGGCUACCGGCAACGCCGUGCGCCCCAUUAUUAAGGAGCUCAUCAGCAAGAUCCCCGCCCAGAAGGAUUCUCGCCGCGGUCUCGCCGUCAACGAGUACCUCGUCGUCCAGGGCACCCGCGAUAUCUGGGCUAUUGGUGACUGCGCUGUCGCCGGCUACGCCCCUACUGCCCAGGUCGCCGGCCAGGAGGGCAGCUUCCUCGCCCGCCUGUUCAACAACAUGGCCAAGACCGAGGAGCUCGAGAGCAAGGUGCGUGAGCUCAGCAGCAACCUCAACGUUAAGCCUGGUAACUCGGCCGAGGCGGCGCGCGAGAUCGAGGCCUGCGAGCGCCAGCUCCGCCGCAUCAAGGACGUCAAGCCCUUCCACUACACCCACCAGGGCAGCCUGGCUUAUAUUGGCAGCGAGAAGGCUGUCGCCGACGUCAGCUGGUGGAACGGCAACAUUGCCAGCGGUGGCAGCUUGACCUUCCUCUUCUGGAGGAGCGCUUACCUCUCCAUGUGCUUCAGCACUCGUAAUCGUCUCCUCGUCAUCAUUGACUGGCUCAAGUCCAAGGCGUUUGGCCGUGAUGUCUCCCGGGAGUAA